CCGCUCUUGGAUGAGGCGGAUGGAGCAGCGCAGGAAUCGUCGGGAGUUCAGCCGCAGGCUUUUCAUCAGGUGAUGCUGUCGAAACCCGACUGACGGCGGAUCCGCGGAACACGAAUGGAUCCAUAUUUAAGAAGCAGCUGGAAAAGGCUCCUUCGAGUGUUAUCGUUUUAUUAUUUCCUAAUUUAUCAAGCUCAUCUUUCCUGGGGAGUUGAGCGAGUGAACGUUUCAGAAUGGGAUGAAUUAAAUAACAGCGGGAGCAGGAGUAUAAAGCAGCAGAAAUGGGACACCGCUUCCCAGGGAGGGCAGGACCUGCAGACAAUGGCUGAUGGCCUAGAAAGCAACACAUCAUCCUCAAGUCAUUCAUCGGUCAGCCAAACAUUAGUCACGUACAACCUGACGUCCUCCAGCACAGAAAGGACACUGUCACCCUCAUGGACCCUCAGCUCUGUGCAGUCAUCUGCAACCACAGCAGACUCUCAUCAAACACCAUCAAGAACACUAUCAUCAAGGCAAUCACCAGGCUACACACCAUCGCCCAGAAAAUCAACAACUAUUAAAACAUCAGCCAACCAAUCACAAGGCAGCACACCAGCUAGUGAAUCAACUAGCACAGCACCAUCAAGCCAGUUGCCAACAAUAAUACCAAUCAGUCAAUCAUCACAAAGCACAUCACCAAGAGACACAGAAGUCUUUAGCCAAUCAGUGACCUCCACAUCAUCAGCCAGACAAGAACCAGGCAGCACACAAGCUAGUCAAUCACCUAAGACUACAACACUGUUGAGCCAACUUACAACCCUAGAUAGUCAAUCACCAGGCAGUACAACACCAGGAAAGAUAGGAGUUCCUAGCCAGUCAUCGACCACUCCAAUAUCAAAAAGCAAAUUGCUAAGUAACACAACACCUGGCAGCAAAUCACCAGCAACUGUAGUUCCACUUGAACAAUCAUCAACAACUAUAGCACCUGUCACCCCAUCAGCAAGCGUAACACCAUCCAUUCAGUCUUCGAUUAAGAUAGAAGCCAGGGCAGUAGCAGUCAGCCAAUCACCAAGCAGAACAACAGCAACACCACAAAGAACACCAUCAUCCAGAAAAGCAUUGGGCAUCACAACUGGCACCCAGAAACCAACCAGUAUAGCACCAGCUACUCAGUCAGCAACAAGCGCAGUAAAAUCCAACCAUUCACCAAACAAACUAUCACUUACCUCUACAAUAGCCAGCCAACUACAGGCAACCCCAACACCAGGCAGUGAAUCACCAGCAACCCCAAAACCAGACAGUGAAUCACCAACAACCCCAACACCAGCCAGUAAAUCACCACCAACCCCAACACCAGGCAGUGAAUCACCAACAACACCAACACCAGCCAGUGAAUCACCAACAACCCCAACACCAGGCAGUGAAUCACCAACAACACCAACACCAGCCAGUGAAUCACCAACAACCCCAACACCAGCCAGUGAAUCACCAACAACCCCAACACCAGCCAGUGAAUCACCAACAACCCCAACCCCAGCUAGAGAACCACAAACAACCACAACACCAGCUAGAGAACCACAGACAAUCAGACCAUUCAGUCAAACACCAACAACACCAGUCAGUAAAUUGCCAAUAACCACAAGACCAGCCAUUGUGUCAUACAGCAUAACAUCUCAUAACACAUCACAGUCAAAUGUGAAACCACCUGACCAGUCUCUGACCAGCUCGGGACUACCAAACCACUUGUCAUCUGGUUUAUUGUCUCCAGUUAGUGGAUCAUUUUCUCCAGAGGAGCAUCCAGUUAAUAAUUCACUUCUCACCAGGCAGGUGAAGGAAGCCCUGAGGUUGUCAUUGCGCAGGAGUCCAGCAGAGCAAUGUAUGUCUCCAUGCCUGAAUGGAGGACAAUGCAUUCAGUCUGAUACAUGUGACUGCAGCUUGUAUCAGGCCACUGGACACAGAUGUCAGACAGUCCCAAAUCCUGGAUUUGAAAGAGAGAUGACCUGCAGAACGUGGGGCCAGUACAACUUUGAGACCUUUGAUGGCCUUUACUUCUUCUUCCCCGGCCGAUGCACAUACACACUGCUGAAGGACUGUGAGGAAAGCACGCAGGCCAGCAUUGUUGUUCAGGUCCAUAAUGAUCCAGACUGUGGCUCUGUCCCCUACACCUGCCAAAGAUCGGUCAGCCUCUUCCUGCCUUGGGAGGGUGAAGUCCGGCUAGAUGCCACCAGUGUAACCUAUAAUGGUCAAAGGUUGCAGCUGCCUCAUCACAUCCAUGACCUGCAGCUGGAGCAGAUCUCCCAGUAUGUUCUGGUGACGCUGCAUCACAGCUUCACGCUCGCAUGGGAGGGACGCAGCGGUUCCGUCUACAUCAAGCUCAGUCCGGAUUUCGUGGGCAGAACCUGCGGUCUGUGUGGAAACUUCAAUGCAGACGUCCAGGAUGACCUGAAGACGAGUUAUGGUGUGUUGACUAAUGAAAUUGAAAUGUUUGGGAAUAGUUGGGUGGAGACGGCGCCUCACCAGGACCAAUGUGCCAGGGUGCCUUCAGACUUCUCCUCACCCUGUGCUGCAGUUGAUGCUCACGUGCUGUUGAAAGUGGAGGAGGUGUGUGCGAUGCUGCUGGAUCCACCAUUUCAGAGUUGCCAUGACUUUGUCAGCCCACUGUCCUACAUGGCCAGCUGCUCCAAUGACCUCUGCAUGUCGGGUCCCAGUGGCGAUGUGGUAUGCCAGGUGUUCACCGAGUAUGCCCGAGCCUGUGCCCACGCUGACCACCCACUGCACCACUGGAGGCAACACAUUCCUCAGUGUGCGAAGCAGUGUCCUCUUGGUCUGCAGUACAGGGAAUGUAUCAGCUGCUGCCCACAGUCCUGCAACAUAGAAAGAACGUGUAUUGACAGCAAGCUGGCCUGCUUGGAUGGAUGCUACUGUCCAAACGGUCUGAUCUAUGAGGACGGAGGCUGUGUGAUGCCCUCCGACUGUCCCUGUGAGUACCACGGCAUGUUCUACCCCUCUGGACAAACUCUGCAGGAGGAAUGCAACAACUGCACAUGCGUGGGUGGAGUGUGGAACUGCACAGACUACAGCUGCCCAGGCGAGUGCUCGGUCACUGGCGACAUGUAUUUUCACUCCUUUGACGGGCGGCUCUACACCUUUCCUGCAAGAUGUCAGUAUGUCCUCGCCAAGAGUCGGAACUCAGGAAAGUUCACAGUCACCAUCCAGAAUGCCCCCUGUGGAGCUAAUUUGGAUGGUGCCUGCAUCCAAUCAGUUAACCUGGUCAUUGAUGAGGAUCCAAAAACAGAGAUAACACUGAGUCAUGUCGGAGAGGUCUUCAUGGCUGGACAGUACCGCAUCUCCCUGCCCUAUUCUGAUGAUGUUUUCCACAUCCAGGAGCUGUCAUCCAUGUUCCUCCAGGUGAAGACGACGUUCGGUCUGCGUCUGCAGUACAGCUGGAAGGAGUUCCGUCUUUACCUGCAGGCCGAUGAGCGGUGGAAGGACAACACGGUGGGGCUGUGCGGCACCUUCAACGGAAACAUUCAAGAUGACUUCCUAUCUCCAUCAGGUAUGAUAGAAAGCACUCCCCAGCUGUUUGGAAACGCCUGGAGAGUCUUGUCAGCGUGUUCAACCAGCCUGAGCACACCUCAGCUUGACCCCUGUGACACACACCAGCAGGCUGUGGCCUACGCCUCAAGUAUGUGUGACAUACUGAACCAGGAUCUUUUCUCUGCCUGCCACGAGUACCUCAGUCCGACACCUUUCCAUCAACAGUGUCGCUCCGAUACCUGCAAGUGCGGUACGCCGUGCCUCUGCUCUGCUCUAGCCCACUACGCCCGCCACUGCCGCAGAUUCUCUGUCAUCAUUGACUUUCGAGCUCACAUACCCGACUGUGCGGUCACCUGUUCUGCCAACAUGCAGUAUGGCACCUGCGUGUCCUCCUGCCAGAGCCGCUGCUCUGCCCUCUCUGUCCCGCAGCACUGUGGGGAGGAGUGCGAGGAAGGCUGCGUCUGCCCUCAGGGAUCCUUCUACAACCAUCGGACACACACCUGUGUGCACAGGAGUGAAUGUCCCUGCAGUAUCCUUGGAGCAGAUUAUGAGCCGGGAGAUGUGAUCAUGACGUCAGCAGGUGUUCAGCUUUGUCUGAAUGGUAAACUGGUGUCUCAAACAACGGACAGUGACAGGUUGUGUCCAGCAGGUCAACUUUACCAGAACUGCUCCGAGGGGGAGGAUGACCUCCUGCCAGGAAGGGGUGUGGCCUGUGAGCGCACCUGUGAGUCAUACUUGCUCAACCUCACCUGCUCGACACAUGAGCCCUGUGUGACUGGAUGUACCUGCCCCCCUGGCCUGCUGAAACAUGGAGAUGAGUGCUUUGAACCCGUGGCCUGCCCCUGUUUGUGGAAAGGAAAGGAGUAUUACCCAGGAGACAGAGUCUCCUCUCCCUGCCAUGAGUGUGUUUGCCAGCACGGAACGUUCCAGUGUGUGUUUCGUCCAUGUCCAUCCAUGUGCACGGCUUACGCUGAUCGCCACUACAGAACAUUUGACGGCCUGCUGUUUGACUACGUUGGUGCAUGCAAAGUCUAUCUUUUAAAGAGUAGCGAGGGUGUGAUGCUCAGUGUUACAGCCGAGAACGUCGACUGUUUUGACAGUGGAGUUAUCUGCAGGAAAUCACUAGCGAUUGCUAUUGGACGAUCCUUCAUAGCCUUUGACGAUGACACUGGAAAGCCGAAUCCAUCCAGUGUGAUUGACAGGAAGCAGAGGAUGUUCAUGUGGCCGGCUGGAUACUUCACAGUGAUUCACUUCCCUGAGGAUGAUGUCACCAUCCUCUGGGACCGUAAGACCACCAUCCACAUCCAGGUUGGACCUCGGUGGCAGGGGAAGCUUAGCGGGCUGUGCGGAAACUACGACCUGAAGACGGUGAACGAGAUGCGGACGCCGGAUAACAUUGACUCCUCAACCCCGCAGGAGUUUGGCAACAGCUGGACUGCGGCAGAGUGUGUGAACAGCCCAGACAUCAGACAUCCCUGCAGCCUCAGUCCCCUCAGAGAGCCUUUUGCAAAGCGGCGGUGCGCCGUCCUGCUCACUGAGGUCUUCCAGGCCUGCCACCCAGUGGUGGAUGUCACCUGGUUCUACAUGAAUUGCCUGGCAGACACAUGUGCCUGUAGUCGUGGAGGUGACUGCGAGUGUUUCUGCACCAGCGUGGCAGCGUACGCCCAGCGCUGCUGUCACCAGGGCGUUCCUGUCGACUGGCGCUCCCCGUCUCUGUGCCCCUAUGACUGUGAAUUCUUCAACAAAGUUUUGGGGAAAGGCCCCUUCAGGCUCAUCCCAUUCAGGGAUCGCAGCACUGUGUUGGCAGCCAACAGGUCUGGCGGCUCUGUGUUCCUCCAGCGGGUGAACAUGAGCACCAGCACCACCAGCAUCAUCAGCAGCAGCAGCAGCAGCAUCAUCAGCAGCAGCAUCCUGUCACAGUUCAUGAUGACGCCAGGCCUCAGCAGAGCCCGACCACACGACACGUCACGGGUUUCCUUUGAGGCAGUGCACAGACCAAACUUCUUCCUGUAUGCAAGCCCCAGUGGCCAGGUGAGGCUGGCCAAGUGGGAGGAGAGUGAUGCAUUCUGGGAUGGGGCCACCUUCGUUCUCCACAGGAACACCUGGAUCCCUGGCUAUGACUCACUGGAGUCCCACGCAAAACCUGGCUUUUUCCUGCACGCCACACUGCCUCGACUCCACCUGCUCAAAUACAGACAUGCUGACAUUUUCCGCAAGGCCACGCUUUUCAGACUGACAGGCUCCAGCUCAGAAGUCCCACCACAUCCUGUAUGUCAAUGGAGAUAUGACUCCUGUGUCAGUCCCUGCUUCAAGACCUGCAGCGACCCAUCGGCCGAAGCCUGCGUCACCAUCCCACAAGUGGAGGGCUGCCUUCCUGUCUGCCCCCCACACAUGGUCUUGGAUGAGGUCACUCAUCGCUGUGUCCAUGUUGAAGACUGCAUUAAGGCUCCUGUUGUCGUGCAGCCAUCCACUUCAUCCACAGCUCAGUCCACCUCUGCAUCCACUACAAGCACCACCACAAGCACCACUGCCUCCUCCACCCUCCUGAAGACCACAGUUACCACUGAAUCAUCAGCUUCUCCUCACACUAGUCCUACCACUAAACUCACUACAGCUCCUCCAGGCAUCAGCACACAGGCCACAUCUACCACACCGCCUGCUCCCUCUGAUGAACCAACACGACCAGUUACUGCAACCUUUUCUUCACCUCCUGAACUUUCCAAAACACUCGGACCCCUGUCUUCCCCAACAGCCCCACCUCUUGUCCAGCCAGAGCAGCUGUCUACAGCCAAAGUGACUGAAAACCCUCCCACCACUACAACAGCUACAACAGCAUGGAUGCCUGGGACUGGGGUCACCAUAAGCCCCAUUGGCCGCAGCACUCCAAAGAUGACCAGCACACCUUUUGCUAUCACUGCUCUGUUCUUGAGCACCACCUCCACCAAACCUGCAGACUCACUCACUACCACUGUCACGACCCGGCAGACAGCACUGACCACCACCUCCACUGAGGGACCAACCACCACCAGUGCUCCCCAUCCUGUUCUUGUGCACCCAACCAAAGAGACCACAGAGGCUACAACACCUUCAGCAGCAGUUACUCCAACUGUAGCAGCUUCUAGCUCAGGUGCUGGUCUAAUCUCAGAAACAUCUAAAGUUACAGACACAACCAUUGUUCCCAGCACAACUACGAGUGCAUACACAGACACAAGUACAAAGACUGUAACAGUGGAGAGACUAUCUUCAACCACAACCACACCAGUCCCUCCUGGCCUACUCAGCGCAACACUCACAACUGCUUCACCUCUCCCCACUAUGCCUCCUGUCGAAACAGGAACUGUGUCUUUGCCCACAGCCACUUCGUUAAAAACCACCGCAUCUGUCACACUCAUCGCACCUUUCAGCACCAGUAAAACAACACCAUAUAUGAGUCAAGAGACAACAGCACCUGCUUCUACCUCAGAGAAGAGUCUGUAUACCACAUCUACUAUACUGACAACCUCCACUACAUCAGUACCUGAGGAAACAACAUCAACCCAACACGAUGUUGCACCCACCACUGCUUGGUCCUCAGCUGCUACAGCCUGGAGAACAACAACAAAGAAAGUGGACGUACCUGAAUCUUCUGUUUCUGAAAUAUCGGCAGCUGCCACUACAACAACGGCUGCACUUCCAGAGACUACAGACACAACAACAACUCCUGUGUCCAUCUCUACAACCUACAUUGAGAGUACUUCCUGGUCUGCUGCUGUCCCAACUACAGAGAGAACAACUCAGACAUUCCCUAGACCUUCAGAGGUUUCAAGAGUGUCCACCACAUCCACUGGUCGGCCUGUCACAACAAAACAAAUUGCACUUCCAGAGUCUCAUACAGAAACCACUACAGUAUCACUUACACCAACAACAGAGAGCUUCACUCGUCCUCCAGCUACAACACGUACCUCUGAGUCAUGGCGUCCCCCCCAUCAGGACACCUCCUCUACCCCAGUCUACACCUCGUCAGUCACAACACCAGCGGUCACUUCUGAAAUUCAUGUGCCCUCUUCCACUACAAUCACUGAAGUACCUCAUCCUCCAGUUACAGCAACAAAACAGUUAGUCACCUCUGCAACGUCAGUAUCGUCCACAGCUUCCACUGCUCCAACUACAACCUUUUAUAAAAUUUUAACUGCAGGAAUUGGAGCCACCGUAAGCAGUAAACUGGUCACACCCCCGCCACCUGAACCGGGUGCACCCGAGACUCAUCUCACCACAGCUGCUACAAAGGCCCCACCAGCUAUUGUCACCACGACACUUAGACCUGUUGUCAUACAGCCGCUUACAGAGGCGACACAUCCAGUGACAGGCAGAGUGGAGGUGUCAACAAGAGCCACAACUACGCCGCCUCCGUCUUGGUCACCACUGCACACAACCACUGUAGCAGCUCCAAGGCCAAUGACUUUGCCUGAAAAAGUCACCACCCGACUGGUGUCCACCAUAAGAGCUACACCUGCCUCAGCAACUGCAACCGUCACACGCACAACGGCCCUCAGGACGACUCCCAGAGUUGCUGUGACAACAAGAGUUACCCCAAGAGUCACAGUGACUGAGAGGUCAACCAUCAGGCCAAUCCCUGCAAGGGUUACCGUAGCAUCAAGGCCCUCUACAGUAUUCACCAGAUCAACCACUCCCCACCUUCCAGUGGUCACAUCAAGCACCAGCACUACAACCACACCUGGAGCGCCAUCUGUAACUGUGCAAACAUCUCCCGACACAGUCACUACAGUGAGCACAACAGAACAUACUGCCUCAAUCAUAGCAGUUCCAGACUUGACCACCGUAACUGCUCCAGUGCCUGUUCCUUCUCUAAUGACAGCCACAGCAUCAACUGCCAUCCCCACAACGACCAGCAGAGAGACUGUCACAUCUGAGAGAACUCUGGCUACUAAAGAGACUGACGUGUCCCCAUCCACCCCCCAACUGGUGACGUCUCCACCUGAGAUCUCCACCCAUGAGCACGGUAUUCCCUCUCCUGCUGUGACGCCACAUCCAACAACCACCACCGUGCAAACCACUGAGCCACUGGUGGAUCAAAGCAGUCCAGGUGCAACAAUACCAUCUGUAACGACAUCCCCUCAUGCACCAGUGGAAACGACCAGACACACAGCCAAGGACACGACGUCUGUGGCGGUGUCCCCUACAGGAAUGUGCGCUCCUCCAUAUGCAGAGAUUGUUGAUGAGUGCACCAAGUACAUCUGCGUCAACAACCAGCUUGUCCUGUUUAACAAAUCUCAAAGCUGUCCCUUCACCUCUGAACCACCAAACUGUGGCCUGCUCGGCUUUGCUGUCCAGGUCAAUGGGGACAAGUGCUGCCCUCAGUGGGACUGUCCAUGUCGCUGCUCAAUGUUUCCGGACCUGAACGUGAUCACGUUUGAUGGGAACAGUGUUGCGGUCUACAAGGCUGCCUCAUACAUAGUCACCCAGCUGCCCAAUGAGACUGUCAGUGUCCUGGUUCAGGAGUGUCCUGCCGAUUCUGAGUCACCACUCCUGUGGAAUUUUACUAACCUUUGUCUUGUGGCCCUAAACAUCACACACAAAUCCAACCACAUCGUCAUCAACAGGCUGCAGAGGAGGCUCUAUGUAAAUACGCGGUACGCCAAACCUCGUUUUAAAAAAUAUGGCUUUGAAAUCUACGACACAGGCAACAUGUAUCUGAUUCGUAGCCCUGCCGGUCUGAGGCUGCAGUGGUAUCACAGCACCGGCAUGAUGGUAAUCGACACUGACAGCUCCAGCAACAAGCUUUCUACAAUGGGCCUCUGUGGUUUUUGUGAUGGCGACCCAACCAAUGACCUGACUUUGGCCAACGGCACCACGGUGGGUGUAAGUGAGGAUCCGGCCGUGUUCAUUGACAGCUGGCAGGUUCCCAACACGACCAGUUACAUCAGCCAAAGCCGCCGCCGUGAGCUCAACUGUUCGACCAGCGACUGCUCCAGCUGCCUGGCAAUGUUGCACCACCGCAACUUCUCCCCCUGCCAUGCCUUUGUGCCACCCAGUACAUUUUGUGAGGUUUGGAUACGAGAUGCAGAGUAUGUCAACAACCAGUGUGUGGCGUUGGCUGCGUAUGUGGCCUCUUGUCACAAAUUUAAUAUCUGCAUUGAGUGGAGGAGUCCAGAAUACUGCCCCUUUGUGUGUCCCAACACCCUGCGGUAUCAGGCCUGUCUGCCAGCUUGCACCUCCCAGUCCUGCCCCAACCACGACUUUGACUCUGACCCAGACCAGUGCACCAGCCUGACCGAGGGCUGUGUGUGUCCUGAGGGAACGCUCCUCCACCGGCCGUACUCUGCCCUCUGCGUGUCACCUGACAAGUGUGCUUGCACAGACAGCUCCGGCGUUCCUCAUGCAAACGGCGAGAUGUGGAAAGCCUCGAAGGACGCCUGCUGCAUGUACCGCUGCGACAAAGAAACCAUCGUUCCCGUCGAGUACAACUGCUCCAGCGUGGCAGUUCCCGUGUGCAGUCGAGCAGGCGAGGUGGUCAUCAGUCUGGCCGAUGAUACCAGCUGCUGCCCACAGAAAGUCUGCGUUUGUAACCAGAGCCUGUGCGACCUGCCGCCUCCUGCGUGUAAAUAUGGGGAGAAGCUGGUGUCAUACUACAAACAAGAGUCCUGCUGUCCACACUUUGUGUGUGAGUGUGAUUCUGAGCUCUGUGAGUCCAACGUUCCCAUCUGCAGAGAUGACCAGAUUCUGAUCGCCACCAGAGCUGACAGCAGCUGUUGUCUGGCCCACAUCUGCAUGUGCUCCUCCUCUUGUCCGGCGAAGCCUUCUCUCUGCCAGGAUGGCGAGGUGCUGACAAUUGAUGGCAACACCACUGACCGCUGCUGCCCCACCUACCAGUGUGUGUGCGAGCCGUACAGAUGUCCUCAGCUCAGUUGUCCUGUCGGAAUGGCAGUGCUUUCGGUGGCCGUUCCCGGACGUUGCUGCCCCAACCAAACAUGCGAAUGUUCCUGUGAAAAGAUUGCUUCCCCAAAAUGUGACCUGGGAGAGGCUGCUCAGCUGGACCGGGCCUUCAUGUCAGACCCACAGAACCAGUGUGCCUGCAAAAGAUACAAGUGUGUGCGUGAAGCAGUGUGUGUGUUUGGUGAGUGGGGAGUGCUGAGGCCAGGUCAGACUCUAGUGGAGCAUGGGGACGAUGGCUUGUGUCACAGCAGGCAGUGCAGCCGCAGCCUCGACCAGGCCAGCGGCUUCCACCUGCUCCGCACCUCCAGCAUCAAUUGCUCCACCCACUGCCAGCCAAAUCAGAUCUACAUCCCUCCCAAGGACCAGUCGACGUGCUGUGGUGUUUGUAAAAAUAUUUCCUGUCUCUAUGAACAUGAGAAUGGGACAGCUGCUCUUUACAAGCCGGGGAAAUCCUGGGUGUCAAACUGCUUGAAGUUCGACUGCACAGACACUUUGUCUGGACCCACGCUCAUCUCCUACUCGUUCAGCUGCCCCCCCUUCAAUGAAACCGAGUGUGUGAAGGUUGGUGGAACUAUCGUAAGUUACAUGGAUGGAUGCUGUAAAACAUGUACUGGAUUCUCUCUGUUCCCUUUCCCCGUUAGCCCCUUGACUCCCACAGUUAACACAAACUGUGAACAAGGCAAAGAAGAUGGAAAGUCAUGUCAGAAAGUGACGGUGAGGAUGACGAUCAGGAAGAAUGACUGCCGCAGCAACAGGCCGGUGAACAUUGUGUCAUGUGACGGGAAGUGUCCAUCUGCCAGCAUCUACAACUACAACAUCAACACGUACGCUCGCUUCUGCAAGUGCUGCAGGGAGACGGGGCUGCAGCGUCGCUCCGUGCAGCUCUACUGCUCCAGCAACGCAACCUGGGUCAGCUACACCAUCCAGGAGCCCACUGACUGCUCCUGCCAGUGGUCCUGAACACACACACACACACAGUAACCUGCUCUGGUUCCUCUGCUGGUAAGGAGGUGGUACUGCAACCUGUGUUCCUCAGCAGCAGCGCUGAGGGUGUCAAGUCGAACAAACGUGGGUGUGGCAGCUUUCAAAUCAGUGUUAUGUCAGAUCAUCAUCAGUUUAGCCAACAUCAUGCGUUACAUAGAACCAAUGAGAGUGUGGUGGAGCAGAUUGCUCACAUGUAACUUCCGGCCAGUAUACUGUUCAUAAUUAUAUUUCCAAUAUUGAAAGAAAGACAAGUUCAGAUUAUAUACACCUUUUUAUUUUCUUAACUAUCCUCUGUGAUUCAUACAGUUGUAUCAAACAUCACGAUGUUUCAAUAAGAGCAAUGUCUGUAUUGGGCUCAGUCACUUUUCAUAUACGUAGCAUAAUGUCAGCAACAUUAUUCCACUUAUGUACAGGCUGACUGUUGCGUUAAGGUAACUGCAGGAAAAGAUACAUGUAACUAAAGUCAUUAUUAGAUCUCAGAUUACAGUCAAACAUUCAUGAGCACAAUUUCAAUGAGUUACUUGAUGUUUGGCUCAAAGAAAAUGGUGAUGUUUUUUCUACUUUGACUUGAAACCAACUGCUCUUUAGCGCUGCUGCUGCUGCACCGCCACCUCCCUGUCAGUCUGCAGAAUAAAAUAUCCAAUUAAGCAAAAAAUUAAGCUUGUCUUCAGUCCUGAAUUACAAAGAUUUAAAAAAAAAAAAUCAGGUGCUGCUGGCCAUGGAGCCCUGAGGUGUGUGUGUGUGCUUUUCCCCUGUCACGGUCAUCGUCUGAUUGGAGAUUUAUAUUUUACCAGAAUUCCCUAGUUGCUUUGUAAAUAACUCAAGUUUCCUAACUUUUUGAAAAUGAUUUGCAAUAUCAAAUUUCUUAGAUAUUUAGCUUUUAGUAAGACAGCAAUAAACUGUAUAUCUGCUGAUUACCCGCGUAUUUUAAGUAAUCGGUGUUAGUGAGGUGGAUUAACUGAUUUACAUCCAGUAGUAUGUGGAGCACUUUAUUUAUUUAUUGGAGUUUUUGAUAGAGGAAAAAUAUUCGACUCAAAUGGAGAACAAAGACACUGGGCACAGAACAUUCAAAGAGACGUGUUGGAGUCUUAUAGAUGCAUGUUUCUCUGUGUUAAAAAAAGGAUUUGUAUCAUACAAAUGUACAUU